AUGCCGAGGAGAAAGGUGACCGCGGCCGAAGGGGAAGCGCGGGAGGAGCCCAAGAGGCGGUCUGCACGUCUGUCAGCUAAACCUGCCCCCGCCAAAGCCGAGCCCAAGCCAAAAAAGGCAGCAGCAGCAAAGGAUAAAUCUGAGGACAGGAAAGCUCAAUCAAAGGGGAAAAAAGGACCAAAAGGAAAACAGAUUGAGGGGACUAAUCAAGAAGAAACAAACGAUAACUUGCCUGCAGAAAACGGAGAAAUUAACAGUGCAGAGGCUCCAGGGUCUGAUGCAGCAAGAGAGAAAGAAGCUAAGUCUCAGUAAUAUCUCUACCAAGUCUUUUAUCAGUGGACCCAGUACCUACCUUCCUUGUACAAUUCAGAGGAAUAUUUUUAUCAACUAUUUUGUAAAUGCAAGUU